AUGAUCAGUUUACUGGCUAUCGACGGCGUAGAUGUGGUUGCAUUAGUAUUGCAUACUAAUACACAAAACACACUUGUAGUUGUAGUCACUGAUGAGGAUGACGACGAAGUACUUGUACUGCUCGUUGAUGAGCUCGGACUGGUUGUACUAGCAGUCGUUGAUGUAGAUGAUGCGGAGGAUGUCAAAGCACUUGUACUGCUCGUUGAUGAGCUCGGACUGGUUGUACUAGCAGUCGUUGAUGUAGAUGAUGCGGAGGAUGUCAAAGCACUUGUACUGCUCGAUGAUGAGCUCGUACCACUAGUCGUUGAUGAGGAUGAUGUCGAAGCACUUGUACUGUCGGUUGAUGCUGAAAUAGUUGAUGAGCUCGUACUGGCUGUACCACUAGCCGUUGAUGUAGAUGAUAUCGAGCUAGAUGUUGUCGACAUACUUGUAGUUCUCGUUGGUGAACGUGUACUAGCUGUGCUGGCGGGGGNCCCCCCCAUAAUAGAAGACCAUCCCGUAUUAGAAGACCACUGCCGAUUAUAUGACUUGAAAUCUAAAUAG